AUAUUUCACCUUUUUGUGCAUUAAAACUGACUCACUGUGUGGCGUUGUGCAAUGCAAAAAUUAAAAGAAUCAAGAAGGCAAAAAAAGGAAGUGGCCCCGGGUGGUUUAACUGAGCAAUCACCUCCUGUUUCUAGCAGAGCAAACAGGCAGUAUGCAAAGACUGUGGCUUCGUACGCUGAGCAUUUUCCUAACUUCAACCUAAAUAUAUACAUAAAUAGUGCGAUUUUUUUUUUUUUUGUAGAUUUUCUUAACAAAACACCUCCUUAAAGUCAUGGUCUUGAAGAGACACUUUUACUGCUAGUUUAACAGUUUUGGAGCAGCCGGUAGACUUUUGUUCAACAAAAAGGGUGCGGUCCGUCUUCUUGAUUUUUAAAAAUGUAUACCAAUCAGGCCGCAACAGAAUCCACGAUGGGUUUAUCAACUGUCACGAUGGCCUUGAACUCCACACAACCACAAAGGUCAACAGACUACCACAUAGCCCUGGUAGCCAUCUAUUCAGUGGUUCUGCUCUGCGGCACUGCUAGCCUGAGCCUGAUGAUCCACGCCAUGAAAUACAGCCCUAUUUCCACCACAUCCGUCGCCGUCCUCAACCUGAUCUUCGCCCACUUCAUAUUUCUGUUCACAGUCCCCUUCCGAAUUUACUACUACGCAGUUGAAACGUGGUACUUGAGCUCUCACUGGUGCCGAAUGGUCAGUGCCAUGAUCCACAUGCACAUGUACAUGUCUCUUAUCCUCUACGUGAUCAUCCUCCUGUCCCGCCUUUUGACGUUCUACAACCGAAAUGCACAAGUGUCCUCCUUCAAGAGGAUCCACGCGGUCAUCGGAAGCGUGGUGGUGUGGAUCGUUGUUCUGGUUUCAGUCCCGUGCGGCAUCCUCUACUCCUACGGCAAAGGCGGAAAGGACAGCGACGGGAGCAUGCUACCGGAUUCCAACACCUCCUGCUUCAAAUUUGGACGACACAUGGAAAACUUCAAGGUGAUCAACUACACUUUGAGCUCGCUGGUCAUCAUCGUGGCUCUGUUGCUGACAACACUCCAAGCCAACGUCUUGCGCGUUUUGUACAGGAAGUACCAGAAAAAAUGCAGCUCGCAGCAGGACUUCGGAGCUCAGCUGAAGAGCUUCUUUUUCGCCUUGAUCAUGGUGGUUUGUUUUGUUCCCUAUCACAUUUUUCGGAUGUAUUACUUAGAGCAUAUUGACAUGGAAGACAUCAAUGAGGUUCUUCUAAGUUUGACCACUUUUAACUGUUUGGACAUGCUCACCUUCUUAGGUAGGAGAACAUGCUAUCUGUUCUCCCCAAGAAGAACUUGAGGACAAAAAUGUAAUUUUCAUCUGCAUUUACCUCAGUCAACUCUAUUAUUUUUGCCAUUGCUACUUUUUUUAUUAUUAUUAAUCCACAUACCUCUUUACUUACAAUUGUUUUUUUCACUUUUUUGUUUUUUUUCUAUAGAUUUACAUUUGGCUGUUGUAGAUAACCUUUCUACUUUAUUUUACACAUACCAAAAGAAAGGUUUAAAUUGAAACCAAAACUAGAACUAAGUGAAGCAGGGGUCUAAGCAACUCAACUGUGCCGGAAAGUGGUUAAAGUGAGAGGGGAAAUGAAAAAAAAAACUGUUGUGGUGGCGAGGGUGAAUGACACGUGAAAACUGUUUAUUGAAGAUUGUAAAGUUCUGGAAAACUUGGUUAGAUGUCUCACACUCACUACAUAAUACUUUUACACAGUUCAAACUUCCAUUUUCUCACGUGUAGCAGUUGUUUUUGUCAGUGUGGUGCAAGAUUCAGAGUAUUGUAAUUUCUUUAUUAAUAUCAAACUAUUUUGUUAAAAUGUUUUGGAUGUAAAUAAAAAAAACAAUUUUACGUCUUUAAUAAUGUUUUUCUAAUUAUUUUGACUGUAUAG